AUGACUUCCCGAAAACGCCCGUCAGGCUCGCAGGGACUUGCUGAAGAUGCUGGUUCUCAAUCAAAGAAAUCAAAGGUCAGCACCGGCGAGACAGCGAGCAAGGUUGAUACCAACGGAGAUCGUUAUUGGGAAAUCUCCAAAAUGCGCCGAGUGACCGUAUCCUCCUUCCGGGGUAAGAACCUGGUCAAUGUUCGGGAAUAUUACGAAAAGGAUGGACAGGAACUUCCAGGCAAAAAGGGGAUAUCCAUGCCAGUAGACCAGUUCUCUGCCUUGAUCAGGCUUCUCCCCGACAUUGAACAGACCCUUAAGCAACGGGGCGAGUGUUUACCCCGGCCGGUAUACUCUGGUGAUGCGGGCAAAUCAGAUGACGGCAGCGACGAAGAGCCGGACAGGAUUGCCAGUCCUUCCAAGCAGAACAUCGAGGCUACGAGUGACGAGGAGAGUGAAGCCUGA